GUUCGAAUCCCACCCUUGUCAAUUUACUUUUGUUCUUUUACCUUUUGCUUUUCAUUUUUUAUUUUUUUUGCCAGUUUCUAGUGAAAUAAAAACAACCAUUUCAUUGUCUUGUCAGGUUCUCCGUUAGCUCCUGAGGCAGUGGUGGUCAGCAAAUUCCAUAACUCAACCCUACAUGAACUCCGUACAAGAUGAUAGUUCCACAUGCAAACCCAAGCUAUCAGAAUUCGGGAUUUGAUGAUUAUGCACUAUAUCUAUUGCGGAGUACAUAACACAAACAUCAAGACGCCCUUCACCCCUGUGAUCAUGGUCUGAUAAGACAUCGGAUCGUUUCUCCGCAGCGGGGUUUGCCCAUCAUGAUAACCAUGGAAAGCCGAGAUAAGACGUUGCUAUAUAGACGAAAAGCGUCACCCCCAGUCAAUUAGUCUCCACACAAAAGACACGAUGGGCACCGGAAGGAUUCGUACUGCUCUCAAGAUUGACCGUGAGAAACCGGCAUGGGAGCAACCGGGUCUUCACAAUAGAUGGCACCCUGACAUCCCCUCCGUUGCCACCGUCGCGAACAGCGAAGUUGUCCUAAUCGAAUGCAUGGACUGGACCGGAGGCCAGAUCAAGAACAAUGAUUCUGCCGAUGAUCUCAAGAACGUGGAUCUAACUCAGAUCCACUACCUCUCUGGGCCAUUUGAUAUCGAGACUGCAGAGCCUGGUGACGUGUUGCUAGUCGAAAUCCAGGAUGUACAGGCGCUGCGGGACGCACCAUGGGGUUUUGGGGGUGUUCUUGAUCGGUACAACGGGGGAGGAUUCCUUGACGAGAUAUACCCUAAGCCGGCAAAAGCAGUUUGGGAUUUCGAAGGAAUAUUUUGCUCUUCCCGUCACAUUCCCCAUGUGCGCUUUCCGGGUCUCAUCCAUCCUGGUGUCCUGGGCACCGCACCCACUACAGAAAUCCUCGCAGAAUGGAAUCGCCGCGAGGGCGAACUGAUUGCAGCCAAUACCACCGUGGAUCGAGUUGUCGCCCACCCACCAGAACCAAGAGGUGCACAUACCGGUUCUACUGCUCAAGAAACCCUCAAAGAAAAGGUGGCACGAGAAGGAGCUCGCACGAUUCCUGGCCGUCCCGAGAACGGCGGCAACGCCGAUAUCAAAAACCUCUCCCGCGGUUCCAAGAUCUACCUCCCCGUCCAUGUCCCUGGCGCCAAAUUCUCCGUUGGCGACCUCCACUUCUCCCAAGGCGACGGCGAAGUUUCCUUCUGCGGCGCGAUCGAAAUGGCCGGCGAAAUUACCCUGAAAUUCACAGUCCUCAAAGACGGUAUGGCCAAAAUGGCCAUGAAAUCUCCCAUAUACCUCCCAGGUCCCGUGGAGCCACAAUUCGGACCCUCGCGGUAUCUCACUUUCGAGGGCUUCUCGGUAGAUGAGCAAGGAAAACAGUAUUUCCUUGAUAGCACUGUUGCGUAUCGGCAGACUUGUAUUAGGGUGAUUGAGUACCUACGGAGGUAUGGAUAUAGUGAUUAUCAGGUGUAUUUGUUGCUUAGUUGUGCGCCGGUGCAGGGGCAUAUUGCUGGUGUUGUGGAUAUUCCGAAUGCGUGUACUACAAUGGGAAUACCGAUGGAUAUUUUUGAUUUUGAUAUUCGGCCUGAGGCGGAAGUUGUUAAGAGGGAUAUGGGGAAUUGUGCAUUUGCUAGUAGUUGACUUUUUGGUUAGUCGGUUUGUUUCAAUGCGCAAUGCAAAAUCUUUGACUUGUUAAAUGAUCUUGUUGUGUCAGUGAAUAUUGAGCUACGGCCACACCUUU